AGGAGGAGCCCUGUUGCCUGCCAGCAGCUGCUGCCCAGGUCUCAGGCCCCAGAGGGCUCCCCAUGCCCCUGAGGUACCUCAGCACUGACAGCAGGGGCCUGGGCAGCAGCCAGGGGCCCGAGAGUAACUUUGUGCCCUGCUGUGGGCAUCCUUCCUCCAAGGCAACGUCACCACAGGGGCAGAGGGGGCUACUUGGUGUCUCGGGGCUGCCCCUGUCCUCUGGUGACCAAAGGAAGGCAGGACUGGGAGGGAGAAAGAAUUCAUGAGGUCCCAGAUAAGCACGGUGCCUACGUACCCCAUGAUGUGGCCUUUCAGAGGACACCUGAGUCUGAAAAGUAGCAUUUUUUCUCCUGGAUCUUCCUGCAAGUUCUCCAGUCAGUACAUCAUUCAAGAUCACAUGGCUGCUCAUUACAAGAAACUGAUGUCUGCCAAAGCUGCUGUUGAUUCAUCUGCACCAAAGAGUUUGCAUACCAGUGUUAAAUACAAGGAUCAGCAGAAAAGAGACAAAUUGAUUCAAGCCCUUGAGAAAUAUGAGAAGGAUCUCGUACAUGGUCUUUGUGCCUCAUCAUCCAACUCCAGAAGUGUUUCUCCAGGCCAGCAGAAGGCAAGAUGGUCACUGUUGGAAAAUGGUCACCGAUAUUCAACAUCUGCUCAGAACAACUGUUCCAGGACAAAGGGACAGCAGCCUCCUUCUGUAUCUUUUCAGAAGCUCACAUCAAAAACCCUGUUGCCAGCUUCUACUGCAAAGAUGACUGCCCAAAAUACUGCUCAGCAUGCUUUGUCUCAGACUCCUGUUCAUGCCUCCAGCACAGACAGAUCAUCUGCUUUGCCACUCCAACAGCCUCACAUACCUUUAAGCAGUCGCAACAGGAGGAAGGCAUUUCAAAACCCUUUUAAUAAAACAUACUCUGGGGACCUCCUUGACAAACAUUCCGCUUACUUCACAGAAAAAAAGCUUUUUACCCCUCAAAUCUUAAAGACAUCACACCAAUCUUUUCUUCUAAAACACAGACACUAUAAUCCUCCUCCCUCAAAAAGGAGCUCAACUCCUGGCGAACGAUCCCUUAAAUCAGCAUAUGUCAGUAAUGAAAAGGAAACAGAGUUACACAGUUUUUUAGAAGAUGCACAUGUGAGACCACACUCCGAUAACUUCUCUCAGCAGCCAGUUGAGAACCAUGAAUUAUGGAUUCCUGAUUCUGAAAUGUCACUUUUUCCAGGACUGCAACUUGAAGAAAAAGGAGAAGAGUAUCUUCGUUUUCUUCAGGAUCUUACAAAUGAUAUUUUGACUAGAAGUUGUUACCACAACAAGGCAUUAGAAGAUGUAUUUCAGAUGCAUAUUAAAAGUAAGAGGCAUAACCUUGACGAGGUAAAACGGAGAAGAAUAGUUGAGACCCUCAAGAGAGAGCUGAACAUCACGGAUCGGCCAGGCCCAUCCAUCAGCUGCAACCACACACGGCGAAAGGACAGCAUCAUUCCAGCAGCGGGCCUUCAGCCUCCAGCUUUCGGUGUUUCAGACAGCAUUUGAAAUUAGUUAGGGCAUCCAGGUAGUUUAGAUAAACACCAAAUACAAUGUAAGCCUUGGGCAAACAGGAAAACAAGGAAGAGAUCCAGCUAAUGCAUCUGCUGGUGAUGUAGCACAGUCAGGUUACCGUGCUGAGAACAAUGCCAGAGAACCAAGGAGGGCAUUUUUACUGGGACUUCCACGAUCCAAAUGGAAAGCCAGAUGCAAGUGCCCUUUCAUUAGUUACUGACAGCUGACACCAACACUUCCUGUGCAAUCCUCUUCCUAGGAAGCCUGAUG